AUGAAGAGUAUUCCCAAGGGCUUGUUACAUUCACGCCAACAGCUUAUACAUGAAUAUCAAGAGUUGCAAAAAAUUGAUCGUAGUAUCUACAGCAGGGAGAAGAAGAGCUUAAAUCAUAGGGCUGAGAACAGAUACAGAGAUGUGAUCCCCUACGAGUCCACCAGAGUGAAAAUGCAGUAUCCUACAAAGUACACGGUUGAUGGAUACAUCAAUGCAUCUUUUGUAUCUCCGGAUGGAAGUGAUGUGCAUCGAUACAUUGCAUCACAAGGGCCUUUAGAGAAUACAGUUGGCGCAUUUUGGCAAUGUGUUCUAGAGGAGAUUUUUUUACAUGAUAAAAUAGUGGUCAAUGUGAUUAUGCUAACUGAAUUGAAAGAAGGGAACCAUGAAAAAUGCUUUGAUUAUAUUAAAAAUAUUGAAAGAGAUGUCCCGCAGGCAAUGCAUGAUGUUUUCAACGUCGACUUUGACCAAGUCAAAUUUAGCGGACUACAGACGUUGAAUGAGGGUGGAAUCGAGCUUCGUGAGUUUGUUGUAACAACCACGGGUGGACAGGAGAAGAUAGCUCGACAUGUUUGGGUCAGAAGGUGGCCCGAUUUUGGAGUUCCGAGCAGGUUAAGUGACAACAAUGAAUACGUUAUCAAGUAUUUGAGCGAUGCGGAUAGCAAAGCUGGCGUGAGUAGGAAUGAAGUUAGCAGUGUUGUACAUUGUUCUGCAGGGGUGGGGAGGUCUGGGACAUAUAUUGCUAUGGAUUGGUACUACAACGAAGUGUUUCAAAAGCAAGAUAAAGAGAUGGAGAGUCGAGAUGAUGUUGUUUUCAGUUGUGUGGCAAAUUUGAGGAAGAGCCGUGUGAUGAUGGUGCAAAGAUUUGAACAGUAUGAGUACUUGUACCAUGCGUUAAGGGAUUUCUACGGUUCGGAUGAAGGUUUAUAG